AUGCUGGGAAGGGGGUGGCCAACUGCUUUGAACGAUUCAAGGACAUUGGAGUAUGGUGUACAGGGCCAAAGUCUCUCUUCACAGUUUCAGGUGAUGAAGCGAGAAUGGGGCUGGGGAGUUGAGCCGAGUGAGACGACAUCCCGGCUGAUUCUGUCUGAACAGGUUUGUCAGGAGUUGUCUGGGAAAUCCUUGAAUCUUGGGGAUCUAUCAAGUGUCCAACGUCAACUGAGUUCUGCGACAGGAAAGCCAUAUAUAUCUUUGAAGCAUGGAGUUGAGUCAGAGGAAAGACAGACACAAAUCUUUCUCACAUGUAACACAUCAACAUGGCUUGAAGUUCAAGGUGAGAUGCCUCCAGGGAGCAGAAAAUAUCUGAUGUAUCUCCACACCCCUUGUGUUUGUUCAUGUCAAGCACAUAGCACUCAAACAAGGGAGAGAGCUGGAAACCUAGGAGCCACUGAGAGUGGAGGGCUGUCAAUAGGUUCCAUUCUUGUGAUUGUGUUUUUUGUUGGAGUGAUUUUGUACCUGAUCAUUGGCAUGAUCAUCCUCCGUGUUGUACGUGGAGCUGAGGGGUGGGAAAUGAUACCCAACAGGAAUUUCUGGAUGGAUUUCCCCGGUCUCAUGAAGGAUGGAGUUGUGUUUGUCCUGGGUGGAUGCCGAGCUGAGUCAACAUAUGACCGCCUGUGAUAGUCAAGGUGAUCAUAGAACAGUCUUCCCUUAUGCACUGCCUUCAGAUCCAUCCCAUGUCUUCCUGUCUCUUUCAUUGUAACAAGAACGAGAAACUGAACCAGCUAGUCACUUAUUUCCGAACAAAUAGCUGAAUGUCUUGCCUGACAGCAAUGGCCUGGUAUACUUUUCCUUUUUCCUCUCCUUUAAAUGAAAAUUCCUCAAACAUGUUUCCAACGCCCAUGAACAUCUUUCAUAGCCACUUCUAGUCACUGUCCACUGAUGCCAUAUGUUGAAAGACUUGCAUUGAAGCUCAACUUCUAUAACCAUAGCACUAAACUGGGACUUCAACAUGUCUGAAUUCCCAUUUCCCCUUAAACUUGCCCAUGGAGUUUUUUCAUUUCUCUGCUGAGUAUGUUGAAACUGAAUCCUGCAUACUAUCAAUGAGUGCAAGUGAUUGUACAGUUUAUAACAAAAAUCCAUUUUUCAUGUGAUUUUUUUUAAUAGUAAGCAUGCUGGUGACUAAGUCCGCGGUGAAGAGAAAUUUCUCUAUGGAAAGAGCUUUGGUGUAGUUUCAGCAUUAACCUGCUAGGCUUUAUGAAAGCUUCAAGAGUGGCUUUGUAUUUCUUGAUAAUGUCAGUGUGUCUUAUGUGAUGAGCUGUGGUGAUAUGAAAUAUGCAUUCAAGUGCCUUUUUUUGUAUCAAUGCAUUUUCACCAUUUUGAGGAUGAAAAUAAAAUGCAUUCC